UUCCUCCACCCGCGCCUCCACCCCUGCCAUUGAACCCGCCCCGUCCCCCGACCCGUCCUCGGUCCUGUCCUCGGGCUUUCUCUCCGUCACCCGCCCCUCGAGCGCGCGCACCGACAGCCCGGCGCCGCCUCGAGCCUGUUGCUGCAACAUCACGUGGUGCAACGCCCGGCCCUGUAGGGGCGGCGCCGGCGACGCGGGAGGAGAAGGAGGAGGAGGAGGCGCAUUCGGCCACAGAGGCGGCAGCAAACACCGAGUCGACAUGCCCGUUAAGAUUCACGUCGAGUUCUGUGGUGCCUGAGGGUACGAAUCCCGCUAUCAGGAUCUCGUCGAGAUAAUCUUGACGACGUUUCCUGAUGCGGCUGUUUCUGGCGAUGUUGGGAGGCAAGGCAGCUUUGAGAUUGAAGUCAAUGGGCAGCUAAUCUUCUCCAAACUGGAAACCAAUGGAUUCCCUUAUGAAAAUGAUGUCAUGAAUGCAGUCCAGAAAGCUAACGAUGGAACAGAAAUGCAAAAGAUCAGCAAUAGCCGGGCUCCUUGUGUCAUUCUGUAGCCUUGGCUAAACUGUGUCUUUGUCAGUUGCUAACUUUCUAUACUUUCAGCUCUUACAAUUCUGCUUUGAGGUAGCCUAGUGUAGAUAAAGGUAGGCAUGGAAUGAGUAUACUUGCUGGGUCUACUUGUAGUGGGUGGGUGGGGGGGGGGGGGGGGGGGGGGGGGGGGCAGGGCAGGGGCAGCUGAACAGUGACUCUGGAAUCUGCAUCCUGUAUCUGUUAUUCUCACUUUGUUUCUGCUGAGAGUUUUCUUCCAAGCAACUCGUGACGUAUUGAAAUUGUUGGCAUGCUGUAUAUUUAGAAUCUGGUUCUGCAAAUGACUAUUUUAACUGAAAACAUGGUUAUUGUAUGAAGGAAAAGGCAUCAUUUUCUAAUGGAUUAGCAAGUCAAUAACUUCAAUGAAGUUUUCAUUUAAACAAAUAAUUAUGUGAUUUUGAAUUUGGUUGUGAUACAUGAACUAAUGAAUAAAAUGUCACACUCAAA